AUGUCAUCUCUAUCUCAUCGCUCAGGAGAUGCUAUACUCCCACCUCUCUCUCAAGCCGUUGGAUAUGUAGUCGUCGUCGGCAUUGGUCUGGCCUUUGCGCUGGGAAUGAUGGCGGUGACUAGGAUUCUCAAGCGGACCGUUGGGGAAGAUAACUCCAAGAUUGAGACGUUCAUGGUCGCAGAUCGACGAGUCAGUACAGGCCUUGUGGCAUCCGCAGUUGUCUCAUCCUGGCUCUGGAGCACCGCUCUGCUCAGUACCGUGAUGGUGGGUUAUACGUACGGUGUCAGUGGUCCCUUCUGGUACGGUGCAGGCUGCGCUCCCAUGAUUGUCUGUUUUGGGUAUAUGGGGAAGGUUGCUCAUCUAAGCUUCAUGUUUCUCGCUGUGAUAAACAAUCUGUUCAACACCUGCAACAUGAUUCUAGGGGCAUCUUCGGCUAUUAGUUCUCUUACCGGGAUGCAUAUUAUGGCGUCGACAUUUCUUCUUCCGCUGGGUGUAGUUAUCUACACUCUUGUCGGGGGAAUAAAGGCAACUUUCUUGACGGAUUAUACCCAUACUGUUAUCAUCCUAAUUCUCUGCUGCUAUUUAACAACCAAAACUAUCACUUCUGAUGAGAUCGGUUCAAUCAGCAACCUGUUCGACCUAGUUAAUGUUGCCCAGAGUGAUCACCAGAUCGAUGGCAAUUUCCAAGGCUCGCUUCUCACCAUGACAUCCGAGCAAGGGAUUAUAUUCGCUAUUAUCCUGCUUGUAUCUAACUUUGGUGCGGUUAUUAUGGAUACUGGCUAUUUCGUAAAAGCUUUUGCCGCAUCGCCUUCUGCUGUUCUGCCCGGAUAUGUAAUCGGAGGAAUUUCAUACUUCGGCAUUCCCUGGGCUUUGGGCACGGUUAUGGGGACAGCUGCGCUUGCCUUGGAAAGCUCCCCUUCUUUUCCAACAUACCCCCGAGCAAUGACCAGUUCCGAAGUUACAAACGGCCUAGCCCUUCCAUAUGCCGCCAUCGCUGUAGCGGGCAAGGGAGGCGCCGUGGCUGUGCUUCUCAUAACGUUCAUGGCUGUCACAUCUACACUCUCCGCCCAGAUCAUCGCCGUCUCAUCCAUCGUCGCAUUCGACGGGUACCGCACCUACUGGAAUCAUAACGCCAGUAACGACGAGGUAAUCCUUUGGAGUCGAAUCGGCGUCGUCAUAUUCGGGGCUUUCUCCGCCGGAUUCACAGCAAUCCUCCACUAUGCCGGUGUUGAUAUGGGAUGGACUUUAUACAUGAUUGGCGUCGUUACAUGCCCCGGCAUUAUCCCACUGAUCUGCACAAUAAUCUGGAACCGCCAAAGCAAAGUCGCCGCAAUCACUUCAGCUUACCUGGGAAUGGCCACCGGCUUAGCCGUCUGGCUCAGCACUGCCUAUCGGUUCUACGGCGAGGUCUCGGUUGCUUCCACGGGUGGUGCACUCCCCUGUAUGUACGGCACUGUAGCCUCAGCGCUAAGUCCGCUCUUGUAUACGGUUGUCAUUACACUAUUUCGCCCGGAGAACUUUGACUGGAGUAAGCUCCAGGAAGAGUCGCUGAAUGCAACGAUGGCGCUAGCUGAUGAAACACGGACGACGCAUGAUGCCGCUAUAUCUGCUGGGGUUGAGGGUGAGGAUGCGGGUAUAGAGAAGGAGAAGUCAUAUCAACGAUCAAAAGCAUACGCGCUCUUCUGGGCCAUUGCUACCUUUCUGGGUAUUUGGGUCCUCUGGCCUUUGCCCAUGUACGCGGCAAACUACGUUUUCAGCAAGACGUUCUUUACGGCAUGGGUAGCGGUGUCGUUGAUUUGGCUGUGGAUCACUUUUGUUGUCAUCUCGGUCUACCCCGUCUGGGAUGGUCGACACCAAAUUACUGAGGUUAUGGUCGGUUUGCUCCGGGGGAUGAGGAGAUAG